AGCAGCAGAGGAGGAGAUGAAGCUGCAGCUGCUGGGACUUCACUUUGUUUCCGUCACUCUGUGACCCGAGGAAUAAAUACACGUCCACACGACUGCACGGACACAGAUAUGAAUCUUGCACAACAACGUGAAACACAAGGAAGGCUCAUUUAGCCUUAACUCCCCUUGGCUCCACCUCUGUGUAGCUGAACAUGAUUCUGACUCCGUGGUGAGGGUCAGAAAAUGAACGUCUCCGCCCACUGUGAUCCCCCUGUCAUCAUAUACAAGCAGAGUGAUGGGUUUGACCUUAACGCCAGCUGUGACUGGACGUCAGUGGACAGAGGACCACUGCUGCCUACCUUUUCUACAGCGGCCAAAGUCAGAGUGAUCGUUACCUUCAUUCUCUGUGGUAUCUCCACUCUCUGCAAUUCAGCUGUGCUGUGGGCAGCCAAUGGCCACAAGCGCAAAUCCCACGUCAGAGUCCUGAUAAUCAACUUGACUGUGGCCGAUCUCUUGGUCACCUUCAUCGUGAUGCCCGUGGACGCCGUGUGGAACAUCACGGUGCAGUGGCUGGCCAGCGAUCUGGCCUGCAGGUUCUUGAUGUUCCUCAAACUACAGGCCAUGUACUCCUGUGCCUUUGUCACCGUGGUGAUUAGUCUGGACAGACAGUCGGCCAUCCUCAAUCCCCUGUCCAUCAGUGUGGCCCGCAAAAGGAGCAGGGUCAUGUUGAUGGUGGCGUGGACUAUGAGCACCCUGUUCUCCAUUCCCCAGAUGUUCAUUUUCCAUAAUGUGACCAUCACGUACCCAGCCAACUUUACUCAGUGCACCACGCGGGGGAGCUUCGUCACUCACUGGCAGGAAACUGCCUACAACAUGUUCACCUUCUCCUGCCUCUUCCUGCUCCCGCUGGUCAUCAUGAUCAUCUGCUACACCAGGAUCUUUAUCCAGAUGACAAAGAGGAGCUUGUUCUCCAAUCAACUGAGUCUGCGCUGUUCAAAAAACAACAUCCCCAAGGCGAGGAUGAGAACUCUGAAAAUGAGCCUUGUCAUAGUGAUCUGCUUCAUAGUGUGCUGGACUCCAUACUACCUGCUAGGCUUGUGGUACUGGUUUUUCCCAGACGACUUGGAGGGAAAAGUCUCUCACUCCCUCACUCACAUCCUGUUCAUCUUUGGCCUUUUCAAUGCCUGCCUGGACCCCAUCAUUUACGGUCUGUUCACAAUACGCUUCUGCAAGGGUCUCAAGGGCGUGAGCCACCGCAGAGCCACAGACAUGUCAGUCAAGGUGACAAACACCGUGGUAGCAGAGACUUUGAAAUGCACUGCAAUUACUUUUCCUUGCAAAAGAGGGGAGGCCGCUGGUGAAAAAGCACAGCAAGUGUGAACAGGCUGAGCCAAAAAAAACAAUCCUGUUUUCAGUCAGGACGGAGAACAAUCGCACCAUGCAGGAAAGAAGAGUAAACCGUUUAUUUACCUUUCCUCUGUGAUGAUGUGUGAUCUGGUGACUGGAUAUAUUUUCAUUAUUGCAGCAUGUGCACAGUAAAUCUGUGGGGCACCCGAGGCUGUCCUCCUUGCAUUGAAAUUAUAUAAGCGCUUUAGGAAGUUCAGUGUUGCGUAACUGGCUUGAUGUAUUAAAUGUACAUUCACUGUGCUAUGAAAAAACCUUUAAUGACUAAAUGAGGCUACACAAGAGUCCUGCUCUUGUCUGUACUCAGAGUGCAUGUGCACUGAAUGCACAAUGCCUUUGUACAGUACAAGGCUCAGGUAACAACUUACAGAAAUACAGUUUAUGACCCAGGACAUUCUCUCAGGAGGAGAAAUAAACAAUGGUCCUCAUUUUCAUCAGAGCGCAAAUAUACCGGCACAAGUAUAUUAACAUCAGCAAGCCAAAGGUCAUAGGCCAUAGCAUUGUGUAAAGCCAUGGUUCUCAAACUGUGGUAUGUGUACCACAUGUGGGGAAAAUCGGAAAUACUGUUCUACUGUAUAUACCAGGUUAUGUGAUUGGUGGAAUGUGUAGAAAAUUAUAAUAUAAAUUAAAUAUUAAUAAUUAGAGUCACCUUAUCUCUCGCUCCAUCUUAAUCUAAUUUCACUACCAGUGUAAUUAAUAUUACUGUAUGUGAGGAAGAGGAGGAUGAUGUGAGAGCAAAUUAUCUUAUUGAGA